AAAUCAAAUAAAAAAAACAAAGAAGUUUAUGCGGAAGUGAACGAAGAAGAAGAAGUUUCUGAUGAAGCGGAAGAAGAAGAAGUUUCUGAUGAAGCGGAAGAAGAAACUGCGAAAGAAGAAGACAACAAAGGAGAUAUUGCAAAAGAAGAAGACAACAAAGGAGAUGAUAUAGAAAAUAUUGCAAUGUCGGUUAGAUUUACUCAUGAUGGAUGGACAAUAGAGGACGAAUUAUCAACGUACACUGAUUAUACCCGUAAGACACCUUCAAUUGAGCCGGGUAAUGCUUCUACCUCUCUAGUUGAAAUUGACCUAGAUACCUCUCAGAAACCACCUUCAAUUGACCCUUUUGAGUUAAUUAACAUUGCCCCUCUAUUUGACAACACUGCUUCUACCUCUCUAGCACCUUCAAUUGACCCUUUUGAGUUAAUUAACAUUGCCCCUCUAAUUGAACCUGAUGAGAAUUAUUUGCUUAACGGUUAUCGAACCAUUGGAGAAGGAAUGACGAUAGAAUCGUCAUUCAUCGAAUGCAGCCAACUACAAUUCCAAAAUUUUAUAAAAUUGAGAAAACUUGGGAGUGCAAGCCCACACUUUUUAACCCCAUUUCAAAUCGUUUCAUCUCAUUCCCAAAGGUAUUUGGAGGUGGAACCGGUGGAAACGGUUCAAGCCUUCUUUCGCAAGAAAUUUCAGAGUUUUUCGUCUAACAAUACGGCACUAAAUCUAAAUUCUCAUGAGGCUGUAGAGUUAUGGUGGAAGACGAUUAAAGACGAUUUUUACAUUAUUUUUAGGAAUGUUGUAAGUGGGUUAAUGUUUCAUCGUAAGAAACAACGAUGCUCUUGUGGAGAUCUCGAAAGAAGCAUUUUUGUGUUGAGGAAGAGCGAAAACUAUGAUGAUGAUGCAUUUGAGAUACGUGGGAAAUUAAUGCCAUCAUUGAUAGAAAGCGGAAACUUUAUUGCAGAAGUCAAUCAAUUGCAGGCGAUAAUGGAAUCUAUUAUUUAUCCCCAGCCACUACCUUAUGUUUAUACUCCCUCCUGCUCUGAAGUUAAUCUGUUUUUAGACUUCCUUUCUUGUUACUCGAAUUUUAGUAAUGCUUGUUUCCUUUGGAUUGUGAACCAUCCAUUUCUGUGGAGUUCAUAUGAACGAGUAUUAUUUAUGAAAGAAUUGGCGAGCUUGCACAAGGCUAGGAGGAAUAUAACACAUAAGCUCGGCAGACAUCUUCAGCACCGUCUUGGUACUAAAGUUCCUUGGACGUCACUUGUUAAAGAUGAUUUGCUUGUAGCAAUUUUGAAGAAACCCAACUCUACAAAUAUUUCUUGUUAUGAUGAUCGAAAGACCGAUGGCAUCUUUCGCUUUUAUGGGGCAUGUUAUUCCCAUGCGAAUGAGCCUGAAUAUCUCCCUCAGAGGCAAGGCAAAUUAUAUCUUUCGGAUGAAGAGAUUGAAGAGAAAUUGAAUGCUACAUUUCCACACAUUUAUGCAUGGAUAACAGAAGGAUUAUUAUUACAAACAGAAAAGAAAUCUGCUGUGCAAUAUCUGUUGGAGAAUUGGCCUGGUCGUUGAAGAUUGGGCCAUUUGCUGGUUUAAAGCAUUUCAUACCAAAUUCAGUUGCAAAUCAAUCGUUGGCGAAUGCUCCUACAUGGUCAAUACAGACUCAUCCUGUGUCAUUAGCUAGAAAUGUAUCAGAAAACAAGGCGCCGCCUGCUCAUAACUCUGUCAAGGUUGAAGGAACUGCUGGUGCAACUACUAUAUCAAGGGCAAGUCCACAAGUAACAACAACUCAGAGCAUUAGACCAUUUAUUACUCAAAUGGGACCUGGAAAUAUGUCUAGCAUGCACCAGCCAUUGCAGGGUGGAAACAUGGUUCAACCUCCUAUGAUUCCUAGUCACUCUGAUAUUGCAAAGGUUGUUCAGAAAUUGUUACUACCGAAGGUUCCUGACCAUCCUACAUGGACUCCUCCGUCAAGGGAUUAUAUGAGUAAGACUUUCACAUGUCAGACUUGUGAGCUCCCUGUCAAUGAGGUUGAUUCUGUUCUUAUGUGUGAUGCUUGUGAAAAGGGAUUUCACUUGAAGUGUCUGCAGCCAGCGGUCAUUAGAGGAAUUCAUAAUAGAGUUGAUUGGCACUGCAUGAGGUGCUUGAGUUUAAGCGGUGGAAAGCCUUUGCCUCCAAAAUAUGGCCGUGUGAUGAGAUCCUCAAUUACAUCACCAAGUUUUCCCUCUAAUACAGCUGGUAUUCAAUCAUCUUCAGAGAAGAAAGCAGAGAGCUUAGAUUCAAAGGGCAGCCCACAGAUGUUUACAUCAAGUGGAAACUCUGUUCCAACUGUUUCCAGUGCCAAUCACAAUACUGAGCCGUCAUUUGACUCAAAUACCCCUGAUAUGAGAGAUAUACAAGGUUCCAACUUUUCAUCUAGCAUUGAAACCAUUGAUGAGAAGCCUGAUCCAAGCAUAUGUAUGAAAUCUGCUGUUUGUAGUGCUAACACUGGCUUGCAGGGUGAAAGUUAUGCUGAACAAAUAGAUUCAAAGGCUUUGACUUGUAAAGAUACUUCAGAAUCUGAAACUCUUCCUAAAUAAUCUGAGCCAGCUAACUGUGAAAAUUUGCAACCAGCACAAGAUUCUCAAGCUGGGAUAACAGUGUCACACGACAAUGCUGAAAUAUCAUCAGAUAGACAUGUUAGCAGUAGUUUGACAAUUAGUAAUCAAAAGGAAUCUCAUGGAGGAGAAAAUAUAACUACUGAUAUCAACCACAAUGACCUAGAUGUUCCACAGCCAAAUUCUGUCGGAGUUUCUGGAACUAAUACUGAAGGUAUUCAGCACUCUGCUUUAUCUUCAGAUAGCUCACAUGCUGUAAAAUGGAUUGGUGAGAAAAAGUAUUAUCAAUCUUGCUGCAUUGAUGGAAAAACAUAUAGGCUGCAGGGUCAUGCUUUUUUCACAUCCCACCAUGGCAAAUUAACACCUUCUAAACUUCAGUCUAUGUGGGAGGAUUCCAAAACUGGGGUGAAGUGGGUUAAGGCAACCAAGUGCUACCUCCCUUAUGAUUUGCCGGGGAAUAUCGGUCAUCCUUGUAUAUCUGAAGUCAAUGAGGUUUAUGAAUCUAAUAGUGAUUAGAAUAGAAAUUGCUAGCUCUAUCCGAGGCCCUUUUGUAGUCCUUCCAUACAAUAAAUUUAAACAAGAAAAUGACAGAAGAUCUCAAUUUGGAAUUGAGGUGGUUUUAUGAUGAAAUCAAAAAGUCAUUUCAACCUGUUAUCAGUUGAUCAGUCUCAAACAUAUGUUUUUGUGAUUCCUACACAUUGCAGUUUUGUGGAAAACAGGUUACUUCAGAAAAUGGCGCACUUUCAGACAUCACCUGCAAAUUGGCAAGUGAUGCCAGGUUCUACUCCCACUUCUACUGUGAAGAGAUUUAUAAGAUUGGAUGUCCCAGUGGAUAAGUUCCCGAGUGAUACCAGGUUCUACUCCCAUUCCUAUUUUUAACUUUGUUAGUCGAAUUCUGGGACCGCGUGGAAACUCCUUGAAAUGGGUUGAAGCUCUGACAGAAUGUAGAAUAUAUAUUAGAGGCCAGGGCUCAGUUAAAGAUUCUCUAAAGAAGAGAAACUAAAAGACAAACCAGGAUAUGAGCAUCUUAACGAGCCGCUGCACAUUCUGUAAGAGGCUGAGAUUCCUGAAGAUAUCAUAGAUGCACGUUUGGAGCAUGCUAUGGCUGUAUUUGAAAAUCUAUUGAAGCCUGUGGAUGAGUCUAUGGAUAUAUAUAAAAGACAGGUGGAGGAACAAAGGAGAAAGGUGGAGGAAAUAAGCGUGCCUCCAAAAAAAAUGGAAGAACAAAGGAGAAAGGUGGAGGAAAUAAAUUCAACCCUAAGGUUUACGUCUAUGAGAAGCAUCCCUGCUUAUGAGAAUGCUAUGAAGGAGUCUUUCGAACGCCGUUUGGAUUUGUACUUGUGCCGUCGAGUUCGAAGAAAACAUCUUAAUACUGAUCCUGAAUCUUUAAAGCCAAAGCUUCCAAAGAAAAAGGAACUUAAGCCUUACACCAUAACAUGCUAUGUCGAAUAUAAAGACCAUGAAGGUGGGCAGUGGAUGGCUUCAGGUUCAAGUGAUGGAACUGUCCGUGUCUGGGAGGUUGAAACAGGUAGAUGUCUGAGACAGUGGGUGUAGGAGAUUGGUGAAGCUGUGAACUGUGUUACUUGGAAUCCUCUGCCUGAUAUUCAUAUUCUGGCCGUCUUUGUGCAAGAAAGCACCUAGUGUAAGCUAGCUGGCUUAAAGAUGAUAAACAUGACGCUAUAAGGUUAAGGCAUUUAAAGACUGUUACUAGCGUGGAAUGGCACCGAAAAGGUGACUACUUUUCAACAGUGAUGUCAACAGAUAUCCUUUCUAAGUGUUGUGUCAGUUUUAGCUGAUAGCCUGAUACAUACAUUCUUUCUUGUUUAUUCGUUAUCUAAUAAUAAUAGUUACAUAUUUCCAACAAAUGAACAAUAACGCACAUAAAAGUCUCACAUACCUAUCAUUGCACAAGUAGUCAUGUAUGUUGCCGCAUCAUACCUUAGUAGUAGUCUUUAUGUCUUUCAACAAAGCUUGAAUUAUCUCCGGAUUUUGACACACUUAAUGACCAUGAAUAGAACCAUUUAGACGUGAGCUGUUACUCAUCAUGUAAUUCCACUCACUACAUGUAAGAUCUGCUUCCGUUAA